AUGUCCUCGGGCGGUCUUGUGUCCGCCCUAUCUGGCUUCAAGAAGUCGCUCAACUUCACCUGGAUCGGCUGGCCUGGUUUCUUCAUCCCGCCCAAGGACCGGCCGUACGUCGACAAGCGCCUCAUGGAGGAGUACUCCUGCCAGGCCGUAUACCUCGACGACGACGUCGCCGACCGGCACUACAACGGUUUCAGCAACUCGAUCUUGUGGCCCCUCUUCCACUACCACCCCGGCGAGAUGAGCUUCGACGAGGAGAACUGGCGCGCGUAUCGCCAGGCGAACAUGCAGUUCGCCGAGGCGGUCUUGUCGCAAACGACCACCGGCUCGAUGGUCUGGGUGCAGGACUACCAUUUGAUGCUGCUGCCGAUGCUCCUUCGCGGGCUUGUGGAUGGGAACCAGGGUGGGGAAUGGAUACGCAGGGAGCUCAACAAGAUCACGGAGGGUUUGGAGGAUAUGGGCAUCUGGGACCGGGAGCCGAUACCGGGCGUGAAGAUUGGGUUUUUCCUCCAUACGCCUUUCCCGAGUAGCGAGAUCUACCGGAUUCUCCCUGUGCGGCGCGAGAUCUUGCUCGGUAUCUUGUUCUGCGACCUCAUUGGGUUCCACACGUAUGACUACGCCCGGCAUUUCCUUUCCUCCUGCACCCGCAUUCUGGGCUUGCCUACGAUGCCCAACGGUGUCGAGUUCGAGGGUCGUCUCGCCCACGUCGGUACAUUCCCCAUCGGUAUUGAGCCCGCCUCCUUCAUCGAUAACCUGAAGAAGGACUCGGUGAAGCAGCGUAUUGCCCAGCUGGAGCAACGGUUCAGUGGUGUGAAGGUCAUUGUUGGCGUUGACCGGCUCGACUACAUCAAGGGCGUGCCGCAGAAGCUGCAUGCGCUCGAGCUCUUCCUCACGCAACAUCCCGAGUGGAUCGGCAAGGUCGUGCUCGUUCAGCUCGCGGUGCCAUCGCGCCAGGAUGUCGAGGAGUACCAGAAUCUGCGCUCGACGGUGAAUGAACUUGUCGGUCGGAUCAACGGAAGAUUCGGCACGGUCGAGUUUAUGCCGAUCCACUUCAUGCACAAGAGCUUGGCGUUCGAUGAGCUGUGUGCUCUGUAUGCGGUCAGCGAUGUCUGUCUCGUGUCGAGUACGCGUGACGGUAUGAACUUGGUGUCAUACGAGUAUAUCGCGUGCCAGCAGGCCCGGCAGGGCGUCAUGAUCCUCUCCGAGUUCGCCGGCGCCGCGCAGUCGCUCAAUGGCUCGAUCGUCGUCAACCCGUGGGACUCGCAGCAGGUCGCGGACGCGAUCCACGAGGCGGUGACGUUGCCGACGGACACGCGCGCGGAGAACCACCGCAAGCUGUUCAAGUACGUCAACAAGUACUCGGCCGCGUUCUGGGGCUCGUCGUUCAUCAAGGAAAUGGGCCGGAUCCGUAUUGACAAUGGCAGUGGCAGCUCCGAGCCGAACGGGGCCGGGGCUGGUUCUGGGCUCGGGCUCGAGCAGCUGCAUCUGCGCAAGGACGAGGGCCCUGGAACGGAGAUCAAGGGGAAACAGGGGGGUAUCACCGCGAAGGAGAUUCAUGCGCUUGCAUGA